AUGGAUAUUAAUAAGAAUAUAGACAUCGAAGAAAAACAAAGGGAUGGCAAAACAGACAUCUGUUCUAUAGAAUGUGAACCCCAAGACACAGUGUUAGAGAAAGUAGUUAACAGACAACGCGAUGCAGUGGUUGAAUCUGCUCAUCGGAAACUGAAAGUACCGAAUAUGUGGGUGCAGUUUCAAAAGACCAUACGAAAUACGAGUACUAGAAGUAAUGACCAUGAAUUGGGGAGGCAAAGUGCGGAUAGAGCAAAACAUUUUCAACCCGAAGGUAGCGGUGGUGGCGGUGGGUUCGUCUAUGACCGGUCUCGGAACGGUUUUGUGUUGAAAGUGUUUGUCAUCCUACUGGUGAUGCUUGCAGUUACGGCGAUGUACGCAGUUAUCGUAGCAGCAAUGAGCAACGUUGUUGCCGUGUUCACGUCAAUUAUAAAAACGCAUAUCAUAAUGUAUGCGCUCUUAGCAACCAGUAUCACUGUGGCGGUGUGUCUCAUGUUAGCCCUUUCUAGUUUCGACUUCACCGCCUGGUACUUGUAUUUGGUCGUCAUAAUGUGUGUGUUCGCUGCUUUAUCGUUGAUGUUGUUAAUUGGUUCAGCGUUCUUUGGUAUACGCUUUAAGCUGAUGCACACGAUAAUGCUAUAUGUGGGAACGCUUAUUCAAGUGGUUUUACUUAUUAUGGAACUCCAGAUGAUUUUAGGCGGUAGAUCCAUAGAGAUGGGCGAAGACGAAUAUGUUCUAGCUGCCUACUGUCUUUACACAUCUAUUAUAAAUCUGUUUCUUCACUUUGUAAAGAUUUUAGCCGAUCUUGACUUUUAA